CCUCAGCUUCGUCUUUUCCUUUUCUCCUCUCCUCUCCUCUCUUCUCUUCUCUCCUCUUCUCUCUCAGCUAUUUGCCUAGUUUUUCUUCUUUCUUUUGAAGGCCUGCGACCCGCAUAUAUAUUGCUACUUUUGAACCUAGACAGUCCCAACGUUUUUGAAAGUGAAUCUAAGGAAAACCCAGUUGGUGGAAAGCUUGUUUAGAAGAGGAAACAAGGAUUUUCGGUUCGGGUACCCAUUUGGAUUAAAAGGGUUUCUGAAAAAAGAGCGAGUUAAGGUCAAUAGCAUAAAAUGAGCAGUUGUGGAAGAAAUGGGGCUGUCAGGCAGUAUAUAAGAUCAAAGGUGCCUCGUCUGAGAUGGACUCCUGAGCUCCAUCACUGUUUUGUUCAUGCCAUUGAGAGGCUUGGAGGCCAUCACAAGGCAACACCUAAGCUUGUUCUUCAAUUAAUGGAUGUCAAAGGACUAACCAUCUCACAUGUCAAGAGCCAUCUCCAGAUGUAUAGAAGCAUGAGGGGUGACCUGGGCAGACAAGAUAGGAAUUCUAUGCAACAAAGAGAACAAUUUUUCGAGGAGCAUGAUGAUGGGUGCGUUGAUGAAGUGAAUGAUAUGGGUUUUCACCCAUCUUCAAAAUCCAUUGAGAAAGAAUCAGAUUCUGACUUCAGCAACAGUCCUCUCCCUCCUAAAAGAGCUAGAAUGGAAACGUUGAGUUCAAUCUCUGAAAGCCUGCAAUGCAGCCAAAGAAUAAGUGAGACAGCCCCGAAUCCGUACAGUUUUGAUGAUUAUCUGCGGGCCAUGACUGAGCAUAGGGGAAUAAAGGAGGGUUAUGUUGGUUCGAGAUGGCAGGCCCAGCCUCAAUCCACAGCCUUCUAUCUGCCACAAGAUCUUUACAACCGCAGCUCUCUCAAAUAUGCAGUAGAGAAGGAAUCCGAUUUCUUGGAGGUACCUGGUCUAGAGCGCCCGACGGAAAGAAUGCCUAAACGGGAGAGUGAGGGAAGGGGAAAUGUACUAGAGGUUGGUGGCUGCGAGUUGUCGUUAUCACUCUCCUUGCCUCCUCCCUCCUCCCAGAGAAGUAACGCCUCUUCCAUGAGCGAGAUCAGCGAGGCAAUUUCGUCAUACCCUUGGUCUAACUAUAAAGACUGCUCCAGCUCUUCUUCAGGAAAACAUAGCAUUAACUUAGAUCUAUCUAUAGCUCUAUGCGGUAUCUAGUGGCUUUUUAUUUUUUUUGGGUAAUUUUUUAAUUUUGUAAAAUUUUAUUUAUGGAUAUGUGGUAGUUGUUGUUAAUGUAAAAGUCAUCCAUUAGGCAUGUUCCUAUCAUGCUCUUUUUCUUUUA